AUGCCUGUUAGACGCCACGAUUCAGCCGCCGUCGAUGUUGCGCCUCUAGGCCAACCUCUCAAGUUCGAGUUCUCCGGGAAAGUUGCAAAGAAUCGAUUUUACAAAGCUUCAAUGGCUGAGGAUCUAGCAUCCUGGAGCGUCGAAAAUUUCGAGGAACGUGGUAUCCCGACCAAGGAGCUUAUUGAACUAUACCGAAUAUGGGGAGAGAAUGAGUGGGGUGUUAUUGCUACCGGAAAUAUUGAUAUCGAGUUUGAUAUGCUAGAUGCUGUCGGCGAUGGCAUCAUUACUCCAGAAUGUCCAUUUUCAGGCCCACGCUUUGAAGCCUUUCAAGAGAUGGCCAAGGUAGCCAAGGCGAAUGGUAGCUUGAUCGUGGCUCAGGUUACACAUCCCGGACGCCAGCUAGCUGCCAGGAUUAGAAAGGACACGAUUUCGGCGUCGGCAAUUCAGCAUCCCCCGAAGAAUGGUACGAUCUAUGCUGAGCCUCGGGAGGCUACGAAGGAAGAUAUCGCACGUGUCAUCGACGGGUUUGCACACGCCGCCGAGUACCUAGAUAAAGCUGGGUUCGACGGUAUUCAGCUUCACGGAGCACAUGGGUACCUAAUCGCACAGUUCCUAUCCGAGCUUUCAAACCACCGUACCGAUGAGUACGGCGGCAGCAUCUCGAACCGUUUACGUUUCGUGUCCGAGAUCGCCAAGGAGAUCAAGAGACGCGUGCGCCCAAACUUCAUCGUCGGUAUUAAGGUGAACUCAGUCGAGUUCCAAGAGAAGGGCAUCAAGCCGGCAGACGCCCGAAUCAUGUGCGAGACCUUCCAGGAGCUGGAAUUCGACUAUGUCGAGCUCUCGGGCGGCAACCACGAAGAAAUCGGGUACGGCACCAAGAAGGAGACCACGCUGAAGCGCGAAGCGUACUUCCUCGAGUUCGUUCGUGAUAUCGUUCCCCACCUCUCCAAGACCAAGAAGAUCCUUACCGGCGGGUUCCGCACGACGGCCGCCAUGGUAGACGCCCUCAACAUCCUCGACGGCAUCGGCCUCGGCCGCCCCGCCGCGCAGGAGCCACGCCUCGCGCGUGAUAUCCUAUCCGGGAAAGUCACUAGCGCCGUUCGACCAGUCGAUGGUGUCGUGAACGACGUGAUACUCUCCUUAAUGAGCGCAGGUUCCCAGUUGGCACAGAUAGUCAGGGGCCAGGAGCCGUUCGACCUCAGCGACGAGAAGGCGUUUGCCAGCUUCCAGGCGGACCUGGGGGCUCAUUUCCAGAAGUUCGCGGCGGCUAAGGGAAGCUUAGAGUUCCACGGCUAUCCGGCGUUAAACGACCCUAAGACGACUUCUCAUCCGUAUGGCGUUCCUUACUAG